AUGCUAUUAACUAGAAGUGUAACAAGAAGCAGUUUUUCAAUUUUAUCGUACGAUUUAGUAUCAAAGAUUAUAAACAGAUGUUUAAUGCAAACGAUCGAUGUAAAGUAUCCAAAAAGUAUAGGUUAUCUUGUAUUGCACUCUAAAAAGUAUACAAAUAAACGUAAUGAAGUAAAGACAUUAAAUUAUAAAUUAAUAGCUUAUUUCAGCUCAAAUAAUAGUACCGGAUUUUCAGUUGCACAAGAAUUAACACCUGUACAAUUUGAGAAAGUUUCUGAUGAAACACUUGACUCUUUAACAGAAUAUUUUGAUGAACUAAUAGAGCAAGCAACACAUUUAUCAGAUGCAGAUGUAUCGUAUGGGGAUGGAGUAUUAACUAUUAAGUUUGGUAAUUCUCAUGGUACAUACGUUAUAAAUCGUCAGACUCCAAAUAAACAAAUUUGGUUAUCUUCUCCAAAGUCUGGUCCGAAACGAUAUGAUUUUUUAAAUGGUAGAUGGAUCUAUAAACAUGAUGGAAAAACAUUACACGAAUUACUUAAUAAUGAAAUACCAGCAAUUAUAAGGGACCAAACAAACUUUAAUAAAUGUUCCUUUAGUGGCAAAGAAAAAGAAGCAACAAUGAAAGGUCUUUAA